GCGGAGGCGCUGCUAAUUCAGGGAGUUUUGGAGAAGAGCUGGAUGGAGGACUGUUUUUUUCCUCUCUUGUGAUUUCCCGAAAGGUUCACAGUCGUCAUUAAUUAUGUUAAACUUCUUCCUUCGCUCCGCGCGAAUCGGACUGCGUUACGCGCGACAUCGUAGCGCCACUUUAAUUGGAAUAUGGAUUCUAUAAUACGAAAAAGUUGAUACUUUUCCCCUCCCCGGAUCGCACAUAAUGGAGAGGAGACGCUCGUGGCCCGUGCUCUGCCUCGCGCUCUCCCUCAUGCACCUCUCAAUCGCGUCCGGUGAGCUCCGUUAUUCGGUACUGGAGGAACAGAAACCGGGGUCUGUCGUUGGGAAUAUAGCGAGGGAUUUGGGUCUCAGCGCAAUGAGGAUUACUGAAAGAAAUUUACAGGUGGUGUCGGGAUCUAACGCGCAAUAUUUCGAGGUAAAUCCUAACGGUGUCUUGGUUAUUAGAGAGACUAUCGAUAGAGAGAGCAUUUGCGCUUUAAGUUCGACUUGCUCUUUGCACCUUCAAAUUCUUCUUCAGAACCCUUUAGAAAUUCACAGAAUUCUUGUUCAAAUUGAUGAUGUAAACGACAACGCGCCGCAGUUUCCAAACGUAAAUUCAUCACUAGAGAUUUCCGAGGCGGCCGCACCGGGAACGCGGUUCCGUCUGGAGAGCGCACGCGAUCCCGAUGUGGGCAUUAACUCCCUACGCACGUACAGCAUUUCCAGCAGCGACUAUUUUGUUUUAAACGUGGAGACUAAAAGCGACGGCAGUAAGUUUCCAGAGCUCGUCCUGGAAAAGGCUCUGGACCGGGAGUCGCAGGCCGCGUUUCGCCUCUCGCUCACGGCCGUGGACGGAGGACAGCCGGAGAAAUCCGGGACCACCCUCCUACUUAUUAAGAUUCUGGACGUGAAUGACAACGCGCCGGUGUUUGAUGAGCCGGUAAAAAGGGUUAGUCUUUUGGAAAACUCUCCUCCAGGAACGCUUGUGACUAAACUGAAUGCCACUGAUGUGGACUCUGGGAUAAACGGGGAAAUAUCUUACUUAUUCAGUAAAUACACACCAGAGAGAACACUUAAAAUGUUCAGUGUUGAUUCUCAAUCAGGGGAAAUCCGUGUUGUGGGGGAUGUGGAUUAUGAGGAAGCCAGUGUGUAUGACAUCACAGUACAAGCCAGGGACGGAGGCUCUCCCGCCAUGGAGGGCUCAUGCAACAUUAAAGUGGAAAUAAUCGAUGUGAACGAUAACACUCCGGAGGUGACAUUAACCUCACUAACCAGCCCCAUCCGGGAGGAUGCUGAAACCGGCACUGUUAUUGCGUUAAUCAGUGCAAAAGACUUAGAUUCUGGGGAUAAUGGAAAAGUCACACUUAGAGUAUCCCAAGUACUUCCGUUUAAACUAAAGUCAGCCUUUGGAGAACACUACACACUUGUGACUGACGGACGUCUAGACAGAGAAGUCAUUGAUGAGUACACUGUUGUUGUCACUGCGACUGACUCUGGCUCGCCUCCACUAUCGUCUCAGAAGACUUUUGUGGUCCGUUUAUCAGAUGUUAAUGAUAAUGCUCCAGUGUUCUCGCAGAACUCCUACUCAGUGGAUGUAGCUGAAAAUAAUGCUCCUGGUACUCCGAUAGUAGCAAUUUCAUCGUCAGAUCCAGACGUUGGAGACAACGCCCGAUUGUCAUACUCCAUCCUACCGACCACCAUCCACGGCAGCCCCAUUUCCUCAUACGUCUACAUCAACCCAGAGAACGGGAACAUCUUCACCAUGCGCUCUUUGGAUUACGAGCAAAUGAAUGCGUUCAAGAUCGAAGUGCAGGUGCGCGAUGCUGGAGCUCCACCGCAGACGUCUAAUGUCACCGUGCAUGUUUUUGUGGUCGACCAGAAUGACAACCCACCCAUCAUCCUUUACCCAACACACUCUGAAGACGCAGGGCUCCAGCUGACCGUCCUGCACGGUGCCCCCGUCGGCCAUCGCGUCAACAAGAUUGUCGCCGUUGACCCCGACAGCGGCCACAAUGCUUGGCUCUUCUACAGUAUCGCUCCAGGGGACGAUUCAUCGCUGUUUCACAUCGAACCGCACACGGGCGAACUGCGUACCGCACAAAAACUCAUGGACGACGAACAGGGUGGUAAAACCCACCCAGCUUAUAACUUUAUAGUGGUUGUGCGAGACAACGGCCAGCCAGCUUUGUCCACUAGCGUUUUGGUUACCGUUACCGUAGAAGAAAAAAGCGCAGAUAAAUCUACAGACUUCCGUAUAACGCCACACAAGGGGACAGGAAUGACAGACAUCACUCUGUACCUCAUCAUCUCAUUGGGCUGUGUGUCGUUGGUGUCGCUCUUGACCAUGGCGGUGCUCUUGGUACGGUGCAUCAGGCACAAGGAUGGUUCGACAUGCUGCUACUCCAGAACGGGCUUCCGUUCCAGGCAUGCCUAUCAGCAGAGAGCCCAUAAGGACCUUCACCUCCAGCUAAACACUGAUGGACCCAUUAGAUAUAUGGAGGUGGUCGGAGGGCCUCAGGAACCUCACACAAGGACCUACAGGCCCUGCUACUCAACGCUCUCCAGCAGGAGUGAUUUUGUGUUUGUCAAAACUCCCAUGUUGAGUCAUAACAACACAUUAAACAUGACUUUGACUAGGAAGCACUUAAUGAACUCAGCCAAUGAGCAAAAACCACCCAGCGCUGACUGGCGUUUCACCCAGAACCAGAGGCCCGGGCCCAGCGGUUCCUUCAAGCUCCACUCUACACAUGUAAGAUGGAUGCCGCCGAGCAGGCUGAGAGCUGCCGCCACUCCUGAGGUUGCCAUGGGAACAGGGCCCUGGCCCAACCCCCCAACCGAGGCUGAGCAGCUCCAGGUGCUGAUGGCUGCUGCUAAUGAGGUCAGCGAGGCGACCAACACUCUGGCUCCGGGCACCAUGGGUCUGAGCACCCGCUACAACCCUCAGUUCACCCUGCAGCACGUCCCUGAUUACCGGCAGAACGUCUACAUCCCUGGCAGCACCGCCACCCUGACCUCCAACCAGCAGCAACCCCAACAGGCCCUGCCACCUCCACAGGCCGCCAUAGCUGCUGCUGCUGCCCAACCUGAGCCGCCCAACGCUGCCCAGACGCCCGCCAGCAAGAAGAAAUCUACCAAGAAGGAGAAGAAGUAGAGAGCCAUAGGUAGAUAUGAGGUUUAGGGAGGCGACUCCAUUUCUGUGCUGUUCUGAGGUUUGCUGGAAAUCUGCAACUAUUUAGAGGAAAAAUAUUAGGGUAAAAAAAAGUGUGUCAAUGUAAACCCACUUCUAACCACUUUGUCUAUUUCACACAUGUAUUUGUUUUACUUAAGCCUAAGUACUGUAAAUUUGUUUCCUGAUUAAUUUGGACAUUUUGGAGAGAAUUUAGUUUUUCAUUCUCACGUUUGCAAAGUUUAUGCAACUUCUAAGUGACACUAUACUCCUGCGUAUAUCAAGCCAGUAAUGUAUUUACAACAGUACUUUACCGUGAACAUGUUAAACUGACAUCUGGACAAAAAGAGGAAUUGUAUUCUUGUAAUAUUCACGUUCUUGUUUAUACAAAGACACAGUGUUGCUGUGGAUGUUGUAAUGCUUGUAAAAUGCAUCAUGAUUAUUACUUUACUUUUUUGUUAUUGUUUGCUAAAAUACCACUAUGGACUUGUUUUAUUGAUCAUUUUAGGAGAAGUGUUGACGUAGAUGCAAGUCAGGUGUUUAUUGCUGCAUGCUGUUUUUUUGCGCUAUAGAUAAUCUCCAUAUCACCUGACAUCUAUGAACACCCAUCUACAACUUUCUCACGGAGGAGGAGUUGGGCAGUUAAACCAUCCGCUUUUAUGAUGAUUUGAAUUUGCUUUUCAAGAAUGGAUCCCCCUGUGUAUCACUGAGCCAGAGUUUGGUUGUUGUUGAUUUUUUGUGUUAACUGAAUGUUUAUGGAGCAUUAGUGAUGGCCAAGCCAUAAUGGGGGCAUUGUGAAACCAGUUACAAGUUCACAAGUGCCCGCAGUGGCAUAUCGCCCUUAGUAUUCAGUAUUUCCAGGUUAUCCUGAAGUGUUGAAGCUCUUUAUCAGUGCUGGUUGUAAUUAGAUGGGUUACUUUAAGUGAGUAUCUGUAGUUUUGAUGGUGACAAAACCUCCUGACUUUGUGAGUUGCUGAUCUAGGCAGCAGUUUCCUAAUGCUAAGGCUGUUCUUUCUUUUGACCAUGUGCAACAAGCUCAAUGGAAUAUGAAUACAGUUAAAAUUCAAUACCAGUUAGGAUUGAUGCUGUUUUAGGAGACAACUUGCAAUCAUUGAAUGUACAACAAGCACGCUAACUGUCGUUAAUGAGUUAGUUAUUAGAACUUUGGAAAGCUGGUUUUGGAAAAUACUUGUAAUGCAAAGAUUCUGUCCAAAUGCUGGUAAAAACACAUGAAACCUUUUCAGAUAAUCAGCUCAAGAGGAAUGGCUUACUACUGGAAUGUCCUUUUAUUUUACAGGGAAAAAAUAUAAAAAUGGAGAAAAAG